AUGUAAAUACCGUCUACAGAGAGCGCUGUGAGUCAAGAUCACAAUAUCUCUAAGUGGAGGAGCUAUGGUCUGCUUGAGACUGAUGGAGGAUCGUCUUCUUUUUCAUUCCAACAAAAAAAGAAAAAGCCUAUUCAAAAAUCAAACACUAUGCAUAAUCUCAAUCAAAGAGUCAAAACGUAACCUUAGGAGAAUAAUGAUCUCAAAAAUAGUUAAAGCGAAUCCAAACACAGAUUUAGUUAAAGAACCCAGUAAAGCAUUCCAAGCAGAAGUUCCAUAAACAAAUAGCCUCUUGAUGAUGAUAUAUAAUUUGACAUGUUUUCUGUUAACCCUGGGUCAAAUAUUUUAAAUUUGGGUUAAUAAACUAUUCCUAUUGUCUUGUAAUUGAGAACAAAAACUAUAGAAGAAUUAGAUUAGAUUGGCGUAGAUUUAUUUUGUUUAAUCGACAUUAGCAAUAGCAUGUAAGGAUAAAAAAUUGAAUAUGUGAAAUAAAUCUUACACUCAAUACUUUCUAAUUUGAGAGAAUAGGAUCGAUUAUGUUUGAUUAGUUUUAACAAUGAAGGCAAGCUGUUAACAGGUUUAUAAAAAGUCACAUAGGAAACUCAAGAAUAUUUCGCAUUUGUUAUUGACGAUUUAUAAUGCAUUGGGACGACUCAAUUGUGGAAAGGUACUGAAGUGGCAUUCGAUGUCAUUAAUUAAAGAAAAAAUAAGAAUAAUUGGGCAAGAAUUCUCAUUUUCUCGGAUGGUUAGGAUGAAAUAGCACUCACUAAAAUUAGAAAGCAAUUAGAAUAUAAUUAUGACAUCUUCACUAUUGAUUCAUUUGGUUUCAGUAAUUCAAAUGCAAACAAAAGAUUGUCACUGAUCACUAAUCUAAGAUUUGGAAAACAUUAUAUAAUAAAUAGUGAAUAAUAGGUUUUUAAUAGUUUGGAGGAAACCUUUGCCAAUUUCCCAUUCAAUCAAUGGGACGAUAUAACUAUAACAAUUUCAACUAAUUUAUAAAAUAUUCCAUUUGAAAAGAUCAUGAUUUCUGAAAUACACAGUGAGGGAUGGGUAGAAUUGUAACAUUAACAUUAAUAUCAAAUUACAAUUCCCAAUUUAGAAAUUGGUGAAUCCUUCUUAUUUCCAAUCGAAUUGGCCUUCUACAAAUUUAAUGAUAAUAUAUUGGACAAGGCUAAACCGGUCUCUUUGUUAAAGGGAAAAAUAGAAAUGCAAAAUAGCAUAACAGGCAAAAGGAUGAUUAAAAAUGUUGAACUUGAUGCCAUCUUUCUUUAUGAAAAUGACUCUAAUACUUUAGAUUUUAACACAUAUUUUAAUUGCAAAUAAUCACCCUUAGUUAUUUGGGUUUGCGAUAAAUAAUAGACCUGUAAUUAUGUAAAUUUAUAAUAGAAUUCAAUCGAAAAUCAUACUUUGAAUUGA